AUUCAUCACUAAAGACUUCAAAGCCCAAUUUCAAUACCCAGCACAUGCACCAAAAGUUAACAGAGCACUUGUUGAAACUCUCUUCAAAGCACUUGUUGUGCCAUAUUUCGGUCAAAAAAAAAAAAAAAACCUCAUCGUCGCCGUUGAGCUCCCAUCGUCGCGAUUAAGCUCCCACCAUUGCCAUUGAGCUCCCACCGUCACGAUUAAGCUUAGCCGUCGCCGAUGAAGCUCCGUUAAGAGCCAACCGUCGCCGAUUAAGCUCAACGGCGACCCUUCGCAUUCCUUCAAACCAGCGACCGUUCGACUUCCCGGCGACCCUUCGCAUUCCUUUGAACCAGCGACCCUUCGCCUUCCUUCGAAUCGGCGACCGUUCGCCUUCCUUCGAAUCGGCGACCGUUCGCCUUCCUUCCUUCAGAAAAGCAAAACUGUACCAUUUCGAUAAAGAAGGGAAGCAAUGGAAAGAGAGAGGUGUAGGGACCGUGAAGCUUCUAAAGCACAAGAAAUUUGGAAAAGUCAGGCUCGUAAUGCGCCAAUCUAAGACUCUCAAGAUCUGCGCUAAUCAUCUAGCACCAGAUGACACUCAAAAGUCCCACAGAUUGAGGCAUAGAAUGCACAAAUCAUCCGAGUCAUCUCAUAGGACUAUGAGCAAAUCCCUCUCUAGUGACUCACAGUCUAAGGGAUCUGUUUCCACUCCUCGUGGGUCCACGGUUGACUUAAGCAAACUGGAGAUUGCUGCGUUGUGGAGAUAUUGGCGACAAUUGCUACUUGAUUCAAAUGGACGAGUUGCAGGUCAUUGUGGGGUUUGUUCAGGCUGCAAAGAGACUGAAGACUAUGUGCAAAUGACCUGGAGAGAAAUGGAGAGAGCAUUGCAUUCGGUUGUCUAUGCUGAUACUGAUUUCUUAUUGGUGGCUUUUAGGAGAUUUACUUUUGGCAUUACUUGAAGACAUAUGAGGACAUUUUCCAUUAGUUCUAAAAUAGGGUUUAGGUAGAGUUACUGUAUGUAUUACAAACAAUUAUUGUAUAGAAGGAGUUUGAAUUGGAUACUUGUUUUAUUUUUUA